CACCCUCUUAAAACCGUCUUACCGGCGACGCGUCGCGACGACGUCGACCAUCAACCACGGGACAGUGCCUCCCACGUUGCCAACAGUAUCAUUUUUCCUUUUAUAAACCAUUUUUUCUUCUUAAAAUAACGAAAUAAAAAGCCUUACUGUUUUUCCCAAAAUUUACCCCCACUCUCUCUCUCUCUCAAAAAAAAAAAAAAAAACAAAAAAAAACGCCAGUGAAAAACGGCCAAUCACAAGUGAGUCAUAAAAAUUGUACACGCGUCAUAUAAGUGAUCGGUUUGGAAAAAAUUUUCAUAAAAUCGAUCAUCCAAGGUCGGUUUUCCACCAGGAAAUGGAGUGUAUGAUACGGAAAAGUACGUAAAAAAAAGAAGAAGAGAAAGGUCGCUUUAGCGAGGAUAGGGGAGGUCUUUGAAGGUGCCGGAAUACCAUCCCCCCGUGAAGAGGAACAAAAAAAAAAAAAAAGGAAAAAAAUCAUCUUCUGGGAGGUGAAGGCCAAGUCUGACGGCCAAUCACUCGUCAGCAUCAACGAAGACGGUCCUUAAGUGACUGGUUGUAUUAAACUCAUUGUUCCACUGCCCCCCAUACAACACGGCCUCAUGAUUGGAUCGUUUUGGAAUCUGUGCCGUGCGUGCCCUUCAAUGCCAAUAGAUAAGCAGCUCCAUUCGGAAUAUAGGAGCACUUACACAUGGCACGAAUACAAAGGACCGCACCAGGAAGCCGUCGUGCGGCGACCACCACAAGCGCCUUCGACAAAACAAGCGAACGCGAAACUUCAAACCGCCAAGUCAACUGAGGAUGAAAACAGCGAAGGACCUACCCUAGAACCGCCAUUACCAAGAAGAAAAAAAUGUCCGGAACUUGCUUACAAAACACACGAAUUCAUUACUGCUGCUGACGGAGGUGGAAUCGAUGGCGUCGAUUCAAACGUCGUAGCUGAUAAAGUUAGGGAAGUUACGGCGACGUCGACGAUUCCAUCUAGUCAAUUAAGUAAGGCAAUAUCGAGAAUCAGCACUGAAUAUCGUUUGCAAUUUGCUUGGCCAAGAAGACAACAAUUGACCAAUGGGGAUGUGGCACUACCUGUUGCAGCUGCUGGCAGCACUGGACCUCCACGAAAAUCACUCAGUAUGGGGGCUCUGAAACAGGGUAUUCAACCUGGACCAGUUCCUGUUCACAGGAAACGUCCCGGCGACAUCGAUCAUAAGCGAGAGGGAGCACAAGCUUCAGAAUUGGAGCCCCUUGUGACUGGUAACACAAUGGACACCAUUGAUGGAGUUGUUUUAGAAUGUGAUGAACACGAGGAGAAUAUACCGGAUUUGAAAAUUACCUAUAGAGGUAAAAAACCUGGUAGAACUGUUAAAAUAGUAGACAAUGUUGAUGUGGAAAUGAAAAAAUCACAGGAAAAAACUUUAGCAAAAACAAAUGUAAUGGCACUUCGACAACUCGCCGAUGAAUAUAAGCAUCGAGACUGGGGAUGUGGGCUAACAAGAGAAGACGAAGCAUCAUUAUGGAAAAAAGUCUCUAGUAAUCACGCUCUUAACGCACUUUCACUUGCCAGUAGGUCGGUAACAAAAGAGGAGAAAGAAAAAGAAAAUACGAGAAAAGUUGCUCCAACAGUGACAAUGCCACCUGCUGGAAGGCCAUCUUCUGUACAAACAAAACCUAUUCACGAAAUUCUCUCCGAUGACCUCAAAGCGGACAAUGAUAAAGCUAUUGCUCGAGCAAGAAGGGACUUCUUGAUUCGUCAUCACCUUGAUCGCACUACAGGAAUCGGUGAUGGAGCGUUACUUCCCUCUCCAACGAGAGAGAAAUUGGAACCUGUGAUACCUCGCCGACGCGAUGAUACAAAAGAACAUCGAGAUGAAAUUCAACCAAGAAUGAAAUCCAGUCCGAAGAAUAGUCCUCGAACUGGACGUUCGCAAAGUCUUGGACCAAGUGUUGCUGAUCGAAAAUCUCCUAAACGACAACCAUCACGAACUCCCUCGUCAGCAAAAGACGUUAAGGAGAAAGAAAAAGAAUCAAAGGACAAGGAUAAAGAUUCGAGGGAGAGGAGCGGAGAGCGAGAAAGGCAUCCCCGUCCGACUACGGGUAGCCGAGUUCGUUGGAAUAUAAGAGUUUCUCCUGCAGCUUUAUCAACGAGCGGAAAUCAACCAAUACCACAAAUAUCACCACCACCAACAUCUUCGGGCCCAAGGCCGACUCCAAUCCACAGGAGGUCCCCGAAAUAUCAUCGUAAACCCUUCCUCGCAACCAAUGCUCCUCCCCAUCGCCCUCUUCAUCACGCAAAACCCAUAACCACCAACAUCACAAGUACCACUAUCAAUACGAACGCCACAGUUAAACCCUCGGUUAAGCAUUCGAUUCACUCGAUCGCCUAUCACCCGCCUACUGCUACUACCACAACCACCACUGCUGCCGCUGCGGCCAGGCUGGAGCGUGUCAAGCAUGCCCAGGCCAAAACGGCUGCUGCAGGCGCCACAGGCCAUCCACCUGCGACUGCAGCUGCAGUCGACCCAUCCAAAUCAUCCUUCGAAAGUCGAUACGCGCAUCGAUCCACUUCUGCCGUACAAGCUAUGACAGCGGAACCCCAAUUAAACGGGAACGCAACAGGAGGAUCGAGCGUCGCUUCAACUCCGCCAUCGCAAGUACCAGCUCACGUUGCACCAGCGUCGAUCGAAAGUCCAUGGUUCGACGACGAACCAGUGAUAAAGAGUCCACCGGAGCCAACGCGCGUCAAAUCACCAGAACAAAUGAUAAUGCGAUCACCGGAACCAGUAAAUUGGACCGUACCAUUGGACACAGGGAAAACAUUCACUGUCACUCAAAACGUGAGGGAAGGGGAUCCGCUAACAAGACCGCAUAGUGAGGCAAAAUCAUGGGGUCCAUCAUCACUGCCUUCAGCUCCACAAUCAGCACCACCGGAAUUAGCACAUUUGCACAAAUCUCAACAUUCGCAACAAUCCGGUUAUAAAUCACCAGAAAGUGAAAGCGUGUCUUUAGGAAGUUUUACAGGAACAAAUGGUCAUAAAGAUCCCGAUUCAGAUAGAGGUAGUCCAUUAUUAGCAAACGUACAACGUACUCCAACUCCAACAAAAAGUACCAAGAAUUUACUCGACGAUGCUGAUGAUAAACAACAAACGGCUGAAUCAUCAAUAAAACCCGUGGCUGGUACAAAUCUACGAUGUCUUGAUGAUCCAGUUUUUGAAUUUGAGAGAAAAAAUGAAAGUAAUGUUCCAACAACAACAACAAUGACUGCCACUGCUCCUGGACAACAUGGUUAUCAUGUUUUAGAAGCGACAUCACCACAAUUAAGUGGAACGGGAUAUCACGUAUUGGAAGCGCCAAUAAGUCCAGGUUCAUCGCAACGUUCGGCUGCCACUGAUGUUCUUGAAAUGGCUCGAAAUCGAUUUGAUAAAUUUUGGGGAAAGGGCCCAGAAAAUUAGAGCCUUAAAUUAAAUUUUUAUUAUUAACACGCGAUUGGUUAUUGCUCUAUAAGGAAAAUUAUAAAUAAACGUAAAAUUCAGGCUCACUUAUUCUUUUACCCAAUCGCAUUGAAAAUUGAAAUUUUUUAAUUUUUAGAAAUCAUUCCCUUAAAAAAAAAAAAAUUAAACGAUAAAGGGCUGGUUCCUUGAGCGAAAGGAGAUUUCUCUUUUAAUUUAUUCGCCUGCAUUUUCUAUUAUCGCUAUAUAACAAUAAAAAUUAAUUCGUAGAUCGAACUGUUAUUUAAUAAUUCGAAAAAUUUUUUUCGAUUUUUUUGUUUUUUUUGUAUCAAUUAGAAUUUUUUUUUUUCAAAAUUAUCGAAUAUUAGUGACGCCGAAAUCUUCCGACAGUUAUAAUAGUGAAUUUUUCACUCUCGCGAUAUACAUCAAGCUUAGAAUUUCUCAAAACUCUCAUUCUCAAAAUUCCCCACUGAAAAAAUAGAGCGCCCUUGAAAAAAAAAAAUAUUUCUCAAAUCUUUAAUUUAAAUACUUUUUUUUAUUAUUAUAUAGUUUUGGUUCGGUUCUUUUUUCAAAUUAAAAAAUCAAAUCGAAUUCUGAGAGUAGAGAGUGGAAUUAAUAAUAAAUAUUAGUGAUAUAUAAAAUAUAAAGUUCAAGAAGCCUUUGUAAGCUUCUCGUGCGUUUUAUAUGAAAAAAAAAAAAAGAUUUCAAAAAAAAAACUGGAUGUAUCAAAAUACGUGAUUGUAAACGAGUUGUAGAAUGUUUCAUACGAUGUUUUUUCGCUUAUAUUUGCUUCCUAAAUAAUGUAGUGACAUCCAGGGAAGAUUAAGAAGAAAAAAAAAAUCAGCACGUGUUAAUUGUUUGGUAUUUAUCAUUUAUAAUACCAAACAUAAUCGACACUCUAAUGUUGUUAAUCUACAUUAAAAAAAAAAAAAUAGAUAUGCAUUCAGCAAAAAAAUUUUGCUCUGAAAAAAAGAGAUGAAAAAAAAAAUAGCGGCACCCGUUUUUUGUCCGCAAAAAAGUGAUUCCUAGUGUUUUUAAUACAAUAUUUAGAAAAAAAAAAAAAAAAAAAUAUUGUCAACAUCGAUUUCUCGAAUUUUUCGCAAAGUUAUAAUUAAAACCACAUACUAUUCUAGUUUUGCAUCGCUUCUUCUCAUUCUAUAUCAGUUUCGCCAUAAAUUCUCAUUUUUCAAAUUUUAAAAAUUCAAAUGCAUCAAGCUUAAAAAACAAAAAAAGAAAAACAUUUUACAAAUUAAAUCCGCAUUUUUAAUAUAUUCGUCCAAAAUUUUCAUCAAAAAAAAAAAAUAAAUAAAUAAAUAACCGUGUGAUACCUUUUUCUCAUAUAAAUAAUAUUGCCUAAUAAAAAAGAAGAAAAAAAUAUUCCAAAGCAGAAUUUCAGAAAAAUAAAUCCCAUUUUCAUAUAGAAAAAAAAAAUAUGAAAAUUUAACAUAUAUAUAUAUAUAAUAAAUGAAAUUAUUAAAAUGCAGUUAUUCCUCAUUCCGUCGAUUUGAUACAAAAAAUCUCUGCUUAUUUUUUUGUGUGAAAUUUAUUAAUUUAGAAAUUACUGUUUUUAAAAUAUAUAUUAAACACGUUCGAUAUAACAAUUGGAAAAGCUCGUAUACACAAAAACAUAUAUACACACAAACAGAUUUGCCAUUUAUGCUGGAAAAAAAAUUUUGCCUGAAUUUUUUUAGUUGAAAAAAAAAAUUAUACAGCAAAAACAAAAAUAAAGGGGAAAAGAAACAGAAAAAAGCUUUUCUAUCUCACGCGCAUUUAAAAAAAAAAAAAAAAAAAAAAAAAAAAAAAAAAAACAUUUACAAUACACCACACUCCAUCCAAAAAUCCACGUCCAAAAGUCCACAAUAUUUACCAACUUUAGCGCAAGAGUACAUUUCGAACUUAUAUAAUGACUGACAUUCAUAGUUAAAAAAAAAAAAAAUUUGUGACUCGAGUAUUUGACGACGAUGGAUCAUGUAAUGAGAGGAUAAAACAAAAAAGCACUGAUAUUUUCUUUUUGAUAGCUAAAAAAGAAAAACAAUCAUCAAAAACGAAUGAUGUCACAAAAUCCAUUUUUCCAAUUUUUGUUUUUUAACGCCAAAGAGAAAAUAUCAACUACUGUCGGAAAUGAUUUUUCCGUCUCUAUUUUUUUUUCAUUAUCAACAAAAAAAAAAAAAAAAGAUAAAUUAAUUUAAUUACCAUCCAUUUUUUAUAUAAUUAUCCAAAUAAAAAUAAUUUCCCCCCCCCCUAAAAGAAAAUAAAAUUACUAAUUAAAAAUAAAUAAUUGACAAUCGAAGUUUUUAGAUCUCAAUAAAUAAUGUUAUUUAUAUUCAUAAAUUAUUUAUUAUUUUAUAAUUAGACAAAAAUUAAUUAUUAUAUUAUUGUCAAGACAGAAAUAAAAAAAAAAAAAAAUAGAGA